AUGAACGGGAGCCGUGUACGAUCUGGGUUUAUCCCCGUUUAUCUCCGUAAACGAUCGUUUACGAUCUUGGGCGUUCGACCUGGGCUUGGACAUGUUCAAUUACGAAAUGUUGCAAAAUUUUUUGCACAUUUAAUUUUUAAUAAAGCUAUAUUAUGGGGUGUACUUGACUCCUUUUAUUCAAUUGAAGAAGGGACAACACCAUCAGCACGUAUUUACUUCAAGUAUUUACUUUUGGAAUUAUUGCAAUUUAUUGAUUAA